GGGAGACGUCGCUUCUGAUGCGAAAGAAAAAAAAACUGUUUAUAUUAGAAUUUCAUUCUAUUUCGGUCAGCUUUUGUGAGUUUUUAGUUCACACUGUUAUUCGUGAAUUAUCCAGCAUCGAGAAUUGCUCGGUUUUUUUUUGUAGUCAGAUUCUUUCCUACAGUUCCGAACUCGGUGAGAACCAUGCUGCCACGUUCUGUCUGGUUGCUGUCAAUCGUAUUUGUUUCGACGCAGGCCACCAUCGAAUACCAGUGCACCGCCUACCGAUCCGACACCGAAUGUAUGAUCGAGAAUGUGUUUUAUCACCCGGGUCAACAGAUCAGUUUUCCCAAUGGAUUCCGUCACUUCCGGUUCGGCAAGGCAAAAUAUAUGAGUGGCCAGGAAUCGAAUAUCACGACGUUUGAUGGUUCUCUGUACAAAGCCAUGCAUCGCCCGGAAAGUGUUGAAAUGACUAAUGUCAAAUUGAAACACGUCGUUCUACCCGAAACACUGAAAACCGGAAGUUUCGCGAGCAAUCAAAUCCAAAGCAUAGAAACUGAUGUUGAUAAAAUAUAUCAGAUCACUAUUCUGGAUUUGGAUUCGAAUUUGUUUUCCAACAUCAGCAACAUCAGUGCUCUGAUUAAUCUCGAGGUGCUCAAUUUACAAGACAAUGAAAUCUCCACCGUCGAUGAGUCCGUGUUCUUGCCGUUGAUUAAACUGAAACGAUUGUAUCUGAGUUACAACCCCAUUCAAAUGUUGCCGUGGAACAAACUGCCUCCGUCAUUGACGCAUCUGGAUUGUUACUCGUGUUCGCUUAGGGCGAUCAAUUUCACCAACUCAAGCUUUCCUUACUUGGAAUACCUGAAUUUGCAGAGGAAUUACAUACAGGAUUUAAAUGUGACACAAAUUCUCGUGGCUGCUCCUAACCUAAAGGAGGCAUACUUAGUGGAUCGUCAAACCCCGAAAGACACGGCAGCCCAAAUUGUGCAAAUACUACAGGAACGGGGCAUCACUCAUCAUUUGGUAAAAUGUUCUGCCAAGGAGCAAUACGCGGACGGAAGGUGCACCAAAAGUCAAUCGGUAACCGGCAGCGUGUGGUUGGUUAUUCUAAUUACGUCGAUUACGGUGCUGAUCGUCACACUGGUGGUGUAUUUGAUGCACUAUUGUUUACGCGAAAGUGAUCAAUCGUGAGCUUGAUUUGCUUUCGGACGCGUCGGGUGCUCCUCGAGCUAACUGUUUGUAAAAUAAUGGUUCAGUUUUCAGUGUUUGUAUGAAUAAAAUUGAAAGUUUUCAUGUCAAAUCAAAUAAGGUUUAGUAAUUAAUAGUUGCGAUUCACAUGAGACAGUAGUUCGAAAUUUUGACAAUGCUGUUGAUAAUGUGAAGGAAAAUGGUAAUGUGCAUUCA